AGCCGCCCUGCAUGACUACAACAGGAAGUAAUCGGCAUGGGGCAGUGCACCUUCUUUAAUGAUUCCUCUGCUCUUUUGCGCCGCUCAAGACACCGUUUCCACGCGAACAGGUCAACGCGAUCGUCAACUGUCAGAUUCUCGGCAUCGCCGAUAUCGACGAUGCAAUUCUCUCGGGAUUGCUAAAUGUCCCUUAUGAAUUGCGCAUACAAACUCAAUCGUAACGGCGGACCCUCGUCGCCGUACUGCCUAAAGGCUACACUACCCAGCACACGGUCCGGCAACUUUAUGCUCUGUCAAUAUGCAAUGAGAGGUACAGAAACCGGACCCCUCUCCAUUUGGCUUUGUAUGCUCACAGCCCUUUGCGUAUCAUGUUCGACGACCUCUGUGAUUGGUCGAUUUCACUUCAGCUGCCUUCUCUCGAUUCUCUCGACCCUCAAGCGUAUGCUUUAUAGAAGGGGGUCAAGAUGCUGUACAAAGGGGCAUCAUACAGGGGUGACCGACAAACGACACAACGCAACGAGUCGCCACGCUGAUCGUGUUGGAGCAAUGACUUCACCCUGGGUCGUUGUGGUUGCGCAGCCUACACAGACAGGGCGAUCAAUGGUUUCGAACAUCGGGAAUGGUAAAUCUCAAUGGUCUCAUGAAGUGCGUGUACGCCUGGGGAGCAUAUAAGCCAGAUGCCGAAAGCACGCAUAUCCAAGACCGUCGGCAGAAAUGAUGAACACAAUGGUGUGUGAAGAAAUGUGUCAUUCCAUCAGGCGCUGUCGUAAAGGAGCUACCAUGCUGUAAUCGAGCUUGAAUUUUUCAAGUCCAUCGCAAUUGCGCCCAAAG